AUGCCUACCAAAGAGGGCCGCGUAACAAAAAACCAGGCCCGCAAGCCUAGUGCCCACCAACGACGCGUCCAACACCACCUACCUUUAGUCGAGCGCACCAAUGCACUCACAACCGACCAGUUUAUCUCGCAAUAUGUGACUCCACUAGCCACGCCCACGACUACAGCUACAGCUACAGCUAGUGCCAAUGCCAGCGCCAGCACUAGCACUACAGCCUCAGUCACAGGGAAUGGACAAACAAAUGAAAUCCCAAUAAACAGCUUGAACCAUACACUGCCAACCCCGCCAUCUACCCAGCCAAACGCAAACGCAAACGCAAACGCGCCCACGACAACAACCACGACCCCACUAGCCGUCUACUCAUCAUCAACCAUCCCCCCACUAGACCUGGAAGCAUGUCUCGAUCUCAUCGAGCAAACCUCCGGCGACGCGUACACCGCGUCGGGAAUCGGCUGGUCGCGUCCGAAGAAGCGCAAGGAAAUGAAAUUGCCCGAUAUGAAAUACCUACUUGUGCGGGGUGACUCCGAGCACGAGGCCGAGCCGGAGGGGCCACUGUUAUCAGCCGACGAUGCGCAGGGCGGAUCUGUUGUAGUACCCGACGAACCGGUAUCCGAGUUGAUGUUGGGCUCGGGAUCGGAAUCGAAAAUGCGACAGAAGGGUAAAGACCAAAAUGAAAGUGAAAAGAAAACCUCGGCUCGGAUUCUCGGCUUCUUAUCGUUUAUGGUUACAUACGAGGAUGGGAAAGAGGUGGUUUACUGUUACGAGAUUCAUCUGUCGCCGAUGGCUCGAGGGAGGGGGUUAGGCGGUGUUUUGAUGAGUCGGAUGGAGGGGAUUGGGAGGUUGAUUGGGUUGGAGAAGGCUAUGUUGACUGUUUUCAAGUCGAAUGUUGCUGCGAGAGAGUUUUAUAGGAAAGGUGGGUAUGAGGUUGAUGAGAAUUCGCCCCAGCCGAGGACAUUGAGGAAUGGGACGGUGAAGGAGUGGGAUUAUGAGAUUCUGUCCAAGAGGUUGAUAUGA